AUGUGGAAGGCCAUCUCAAAGCUCAAGGCCAAGUUCAAGCCCGGGCCGAAGAAGGCCCCGCCACCUAAGAUGAGCGAGUCGGAGGCGUUGCAGCUUCGGAUCGCGAUCAGCAAGGAGUAUCUCGACAGGGCGAAAAGGGAGGGGGGGUAUACCGUGCUAGACGAUGCUCAGGGGGCCGAGGUCAACAACGACAAGGAUAGAGAGGAGACACAAUGGAUCGAGCGGAUGGAAAAGACCAAGGAGAUCAAGCGGCGGCCGCCAUCACUCGUAACCAUUGCGGAGUGUUCCAAGACGGCGGCAGAACGACGGCCGUUGCCUUGCCCUCCUAAGGAAAGCACCUACAUGACAGCUGUGGGUACAAUCUCCCGGUCAACAGGCCUCGAGCCGCUCACCUUGCCGGGCCCUGCUAUCCCUCUAGCCCCGGGAGCUUCAACAACCCGCGCCGACACCGUCUUCGUUGUUAAACAUAACACCAGUGCUUACAACCUGUGGAAACCACUCCCUCGGCCACCGCCAGGCACACCCACCUUGGAGCAGGGGACACGGUCGACUUCGCCUGUGCCCUCGCUUUCGCCUCUACCAUCGCCCAUUUCGCCCCUGACCCGGCCCGCUCUACGAUUUGAAGCAUAUAUUCCUCCCACUGUGGCGUAUCUGGAAGCGUUGGAGCUGAGCGACGAUGAGGUGGAAGCACAACACGACGGGUAUAAGACCGAUCGGAACAAGACGUACAAGGAUAAUACAGACUGGGACAAUAAACACGGCAAACACUCCAAGCACACCAAGCACGGCCAAUACACCAGCCCCAGCAACACCCCCACCACCAUCGCCAACCACCGUGCCCAAGCCCUCCGCCGUCUCGAGUCCAAGCCAGACCUCACCGACAACACGACCCUCGCCACAUUCGGUCUCAAGGCGCAGGCCUCCAUCGAGGGCUUGUUCCGCCUGCUCGCCCAACCAGACGCCAAAGCCCAGAUCCAACACCAGCUCCGACGAUCCUCACGCCACGGCCACCGCACGUCCCACCGACAGUCCCAGUCCCAUCGGCAGAGCCAGCAAGCCUUCUAUCAUGACCCCUCCAAGAUACCGCACAGGUCCAUCUACCGGAGCUAUUUCGAGAAGCUAAGGGCAGGUCAAAACCCAACGCCGCCGCCUAAAUCACGCUACCAACGCGAUGCUGAACCUGAUGCCGAGUCUGACAGCAACAUGACCACCGCGACGGCCGGCACAGCCACAAAAACCAUAGCCACAACCAAAACCGCCAAAACAGCGGCAUCCUCUGGCUUUUGGCUGCCCCUUCUCGAUAGCCUACAACGACCCCCUUCACCAUCCCCACUCUCACCAGCCCCUCUCCUCGCUUCUUUCUAUCAUAACCAUAACUCGGUGCUGGACGCUGAGCAGUACUAUAACGGGACUGUGUUGGAUCAUAUCCCUGGCCUUAACCCUAAUUCCAUCCAUAACCAUAAACCUAACCCUAAACCCAGCGUGGCUUCAUCGUCGUCAGAGGCACGACGGCAGGGACGUGGGCAAGCGGGGGAUGUCCUGCCGCGGGGGAAGGGUAAGAGGACUGGACUGGGAAGGGGACUGGGGACGGGGACGGGAUUGCGAAGGGGACAGGGAAGACAGCAAGUGGAGGAUUGGUUUCGGCAGCGGGAUGGUCGGGAACGCGUUAGCGAUGGUGAUGAUAGUGAAGCAAAAGGUGACGGUGAACCUGGGACAGGGAUAGGGUUAGGGAUAAGGUAUGAACAGGACAAGGACAUAAAGGACAAGGAAAAGAGGCUGGUAGAUGUUAUAGGGGUGGAUAUGAAGGGUGGUAAGAGAGAGGGGAGGGUGUGGAGGGUGGUGGGGGAUCAGUGGUCGGAGGGUGAUGAUGAGGAGGAGGAUGAUGGCCAAGAAAAGGAUGGGGGGGAGGGCAUGGUGGAUGGGGAAAGGUGGGAGAGGGUGAAGAGGGUGGGGGAUGGGGGGGUUGCUUGGACUUGGAAGUGA